AUGGCGGAUACCCGGGUCGGCGAGCUCCUCGUGUGGCCGUGGGCCGGCGUCCUCGCCACCACCACCACCACCCACAGCGAAGACGACACCGCCGUGAGCCUCCUGGCCUCCUACGCCCGGCAGCACCCGGCGGCCGUCGCAACCACUCCGCUCGUCGAAGACGCGUCGCCGCCUUACACCCACCACCACUUCCUGGUGCUGCACUUUGGCAAGUCGCUCUCCGGCCUCCGCGCUGCCGAGUCGCUCGCCCGCCGCUUCGCCGGCGCCGGGAGGACGGAGUGGCAUCAGCAGCAGCAGAGGCAUGGCGAGAGCGCGUGCCCCGGCGCCAUGGCCGUGUACGGCUGGACGGCCGUGGAGGAGGACCUGCGCGGUGAGGACGCGGUGGGGAAAUUCCUGAGUGCAACCGCCGCCACCGCGAGGAGAGCCGAGGAUGCCGUCGCCGCAGAGGAAGAGAGGGCGGUGAGGCUCCUGGAGGCCAGGUGGGAGGAAGCGGCGGCGGCGGUGCUGGCAGCCGAAGAGGAGACAAGUCUCCUCCUCCACGAGCUUUCCGAGCUGAGGACCAUAGCUGACGAGAUCGUGCCAGAGAUGAACCGUGAAGUGGAGGAGGAGAAUCGGAUGCUCAAGGCAGCACUGGAGGAGGCAACGAAAGAGAUCGAAUCCAAGGUGGAGAAGAUUAGGCGAUCCGAAAAUCUGGAGAAGGGUGCUUUGGACAUCAACGCAUUGGAACUGGCAGGUGGAGGGUGCAAGCUGGGUGACCAGGCUCUGAUGCUACAAGAAAAGCACAAGCGAGAGAUGGAACUCAUUCAUGGUAAGCAAACUCAACUCGAGAAGCAGCUGGAGCAAAGGGAAGCACUAAUUGAAGCACUAGCGUCCGUGACGCGGUGGCUGAACAGGAAACUAGAAGCAGGGGAGAGCCUGACAGACACAGUGGCAGACCAUCAGCGUAUCUGCACCGCAACGUUAUUUCUGGACGCUGAACAAGAAAGGUUGAAAGCUUCAUGGCUAGACCUCUACAAAAGAGAGCAGAUGAACACCAAUGAGCUUCAAGAGAAUCGCCAAGAGUUGAUUCAGGGAUUUAUGGAGAAUAUGCCAAUUAGCGGGCGUGCCGUUGUUGGAAUCAAAAGGAUGGGGCAACUUGAUGAAAGGCCUUUUCAGGUUGCAUGCAAAAGAAAAUACAGGGAUGAUGAUGCAGAGGGCAAAGCUGCAAGCUUGGUCUCAAGUUGGCAGGAGGAAAUACAGAAGACCUCCUGGCAUCCGUUCACAACUAUUCAGGUCGAUAGAGAAGAUAAGGAGGUUGUUGAUGACAAUGAUCCAAAACUGAGACAGCUGCGGCUCCAGUGUGGCGACAGCGUCUGCUAUGCAGUGAAGGUCGCUCUGAGCGAGAUCAACGAGUACAGUCCUCACGGACGGCGUGUUAUGAAUGAGAUCUGGAACUUCCAAGAAGGGCGGAAGGCGACGAUGACCGAGGCGAUCGCGUACAUUCUGGAGCAGCUGAGAGUGGCUGACCCAGGAUUGGGAGGAUGUGAAUUCAAAGUUCCAGCAAAAAAACGUUCAACUUCAAUCUGAUUGGGGGGAUGGGAAUUCAAAAAAUGUCCUCUGUUCUGUGUAAGAUACAGAAGGA